AUGUUCUCAGAAGCUCUCAGUCAAGAUGAACUGCGUGAGUUGCGUGCAGCAGCUCACGCAUUGGUUUUCUUCUUGGCUUGGAAGCUUCUGGCCGGCGAUGGUGUUAAGCGCAUUCCACGAGAUGUGCUGGCCUUAGCAGCAGAGGACUUCAUGCACCACUUGGAUAACAGGCCACAGAUGUCCAUGCAGGACAAAUCGCAGAUCCAGGCAGUAGAGGUGCAGGAGCAAUCGCAGAUGUCCCGUCGCUCGGAUGAGGAUCAGCUGAGCGAUGACAGCAUCCGCACCAGCUACGUUUCGCAUCAGCGCACUGGGGAGGAAAAUGAAGUGGACGAAGAUGGCCUUCCCCUUGUCUACAACAGUGCUCUCAUCAACAGCUACUGGGGUAAGAAUGCAGGGGCGGUCACUGGGCGAUGGUCCGACUUCUUGGGGGUCGCCACACCUUGGAUCGCCAGCGCCUUCUCUGCUGCGAUGACAGGCCGCUGGUCCGAGGAGGAGCGCUCUUUGGCCAAGGAUGCGGUGAAGUCGAUGCAAACGCUGGGCCCCACCUUCAUCAAGCUGGGCCAAGUGUUGAGUAUCCGCCCUGAUGUGCUGUCGCCUGUGGUGAUGGAAGAGUUGAGUUCCCUUCAAGACGACAUUGCGGCUUGGCAUCAAGCAAGGACUGGUGCAGCUUGGUUGUUCUGCUUUUCCGUUUAA